AUGUCAAGCGAAGAAGAACUUGUUAGUUUGUUCAAGUCAGUUGGUCUUGCUGAGAAUAAGACCAAUGACAUUAUCAAGAACAAAAAAGUAUCCAACACCCUUUCCUAUAUUUUAACUGAAGAGUUGAAAGUUCAAGGACCAAUUGAAGAGAAGAAGCUUUCCUUAUUACAUUCGUUAGCACUUGAAAGUAAGAAUAGUGACGAGCCAAUCAAGAACCGUUCGGUUGUUUCCCAAAAGAUUUUGGAUGGGGAAUUGAAGACCAAUUUGCAAGUUAGCGAAGGAUUCAAAUAUAUCGUUAAUCAUGAAGAGAUUGAUAUCAAAGAUUUUGAUAAGAAUUGUGGUGUAGGAGUUGACUUAAGUGCAGAAGAUAUUAAGGGGGAGCUCCGUAAGUAUUUUGAAGCUAAUAAGGAAGAUAUUUUAGCUAAAAGAUAUAGUGGAGUCCCUAAAUUAUUAGGAGAAGCCAAAAAAAUUCCAAGUUUAAAAUGGGCAACACCAUCAUUAUUCAAGCCGAUUAUUGAUGAAUUAGCUUUGGAAUAUUUAGGACCAAAAGACGAAAGAGAUGUUGUUAAAAAGGAGAAGAAGAAGGCCAAGAAACAACCAACUAAAAAUAAUGAAACUAAACCGGAAGUUGAAAGAUCAAUGUUUAGUGAAGGUUUUUUGGGAGAAUUACAUAAACCAGGAGAAAAUCCACAAGCAUAUCCCGAAUUAAUGAAGGAACAUUUAGAAGCCACCAAGGGAGAAGUCUGGACCAGAUUCCCACCAGAACCAAAUGGAUAUUUACAUAUUGGGCAUUCCAAAGCUAUUAUGGUUAAUUUUGGAUAUGCCAAAUUUCAUAAUGGGAAAUGUUAUUUAAGAUUUGAUGAUACUAAUCCCGAAGCAGAAGAAGCCAAAUAUUUCGAAUCAAUUAAGGAUAUGAUUGAUUGGUUAGGAUUUAAACCAUGGAAGAUCACUUAUAGUAGUGAUUAUUUCGAUACCUUAUAUGAAUUAGCAGAAGAAUUGAUUAAACGUGGUAAAGCAUACGUUUGUCAUUGUACCGCUGAAGAAGUUAAAUUACAAAGAGGAUUAAAAGAAGAUGGAACAUUAGGAGGAGAAAGAUUUGCCUCCCCCCAUCGUGAUAGAAGUAUUGAAGAAAAUUUAACUGAGUUUAGAAAGAUGAGAGAUGGCCAUUAUGAAGUUGGUAAAGCCACUUUAAGAAUGAAACAAGAUAUUGAUAGUCCAUCACCACAAAUGUGGGACUUGGUUGCUUAUAGAGUUUUGAACACUCCUCAUCAUCGUACUGGAGAUAAAUGGAAGAUUUAUCCCACUUAUGAUUUCACUCACUGUUUAGUUGAUUCUAUUGAAAACAUUAGUCAUUCGUUAUGUACCACCGAAUUCAGAUUAUCUAGAGAAUCGUAUGAAUGGUUAUGUGAUGCUUUACAUGUUUAUAGACCAGCUCAAAGAGAAUAUGGUAGAUUAAAUAUUACUGGUACUGUAUUAUCCAAAAGAAAGAUUGCUAAAUUAGUUGAUCUGAAAAUUGUUAGAGGAUGGGAUGAUCCAAGAUUAUAUACUUUAGAAGCUAUACGUCGUCGUGGGGUACCACCAGGGGCCAUCUUACUGUUUAUUAAUACCUUGGGGGUAACUACUUCCGUAACCAAUAUCCAAGAGAUUAGAUUGGAAAGUAGUAUUAGAAACUAUCUUGAUCAAACCACCCCAAGAUUAAUGAUGAUUUUAGAACCAAUAUUGAUUGAGGUUGAUAACGUUGCCGAAGAUUAUGAAGAAGUCAUUGAAAUGCCAUAUAAACCGGGCGAUGAUGCUAAGUUUGGUAUUAGAAAAUUAAAAUUCACCAAGUAUAAUUAUAUUGAUAGACAAGAUUACCGAGAUGAAUUUGAUAAAGAAUACCGUAGGUUAGCUCCAGGACAACCGGUUGGAUUAAUGAGAGUUCCAUUUAAUGUUAGUGUUAAAGAGGUUAUUAGAAAUGGAGACAAGAUUGAAAAAAUCAUUGUUAAUUACGAUAAUAAUAAAGAAGAGUAUAAGAAACCAAAGACAUUUAUUCAAUGGAUUGGCAAAGACGAUGUAUUAAAGAUUAAAGAAAUCCGUAUUCAAAAUCGAUUAUUUAAGAGUGAAAAUCCAUCUGCUCAUCCCCAAGGGUAUUUACAAGAUAUCAAUGAAAAUAGUGAAGAGAUUGUUAGAGGUGGUAUAAUCGAAAAGCUGUCAUUUGAAGAAAUUAAGAGUAAGAGUCCAAUGAAUGUUGAAAUUGCCGGUAGUGAGUUUAACAUUAAGGAAAAAUACGGUCCUCAAACCGUUAGAUUCCAAGCAUUGAGAAUUGGUUACUUCUGUAUGGACAAGGACAGUGGAGACGAUGUAGUAUUAAAUAGAAUUGUCACUUUGAAGGAGGACUCUUCUAAGAACUAAUCAAUAGUAUAUUACGUGUGAGGGUUAAGCAUGUGUAGUAAGUGUAAGUGAAGUGUAGGAGGUGACUGCAAAAAAGGCAAGCUCAAUUUUUACACAAACGCCAAAAAAAAAAAAAUAUAUGUAAAUCACAAAAUGGG